AAUUCUAAUUUCAAAGUUACCUGAUCACGGAAAGAAAUUUAUCGAACAUAACAAACAAAUCAUAAAAAUUCUUGAUAAGCGCAAUGCAAAAUCGAAAAUUACACCACAAAUUACAGAUAGCUUGGAAUCCCAAUUCGAGAAAAUGACGAUACACGAUGAUAUUAAUGAAAAACCUGCAAACCAUAAUAAAUAUAAAAAACCGAAACAUAUCAAUUUUCUGUCAAUGGAAGAAAGUAUUCAACUACAAAAGCAGCAGCAAAAGAUAGAAGAGGAAAUGCGAUUGACGUUUUUGAAAGAACAAAUAAAAGUUCAAAAUGAUUCGGAUUA